CUUGCCUCGGGUGUAGGGAUUGCAUAAGGGAAAAAAACAAAACUACACAGCUACACUGUGUGGUUUUGUUUUUUUGGGUUUCUUUGAGGCUAAACUGUUUUCACAUUGGAUUUUCUGUCAACAUUUCUGGAUAAGGAGAUUUCUGAUGAGAUAAAACUCCUGGGCUUCCCCCAAUCAAAUCCAGGCACUCUUGUGGAUACAAGGUGCCGUCCACAAUGUCAACACAGGCACCAACAUUUACACAGCCUCUGCAAAGCGGUGUGGCACUAGAGGGUAGUGCUGCAACGUUUGAGGCUCAAGUUAGUGGUUCUCCAGUUCCCGAGGUGAGCUGGUUCCGUGAUGGCCAGGUUCUUUCCGCUGCCGCUCUGCCCGGCGCACAGAUCUCGUUCAGCGAUGGCCGCGCUGUUCUGAUGAUCCCUGCUGUGACAGCUGCGCACAGUGGAAGAUUUUCUGUCAGAGCCACCAAUGGUGCUGGACAAGCCACUAGCACCGCUGAACUUCUUGUUACAGGGGGAGAAGCUCUGCCUGCCAAGAAGUCCAAAACUGUUUUGUCAGCCUCCUCUCAGACCAGAGUUGAGACAAGGAGUAUGGAGGCUCAUUUUGAUUCCUCAUCCAUGCAAAUGCGUGUUGAAGGUGGUAUAGUGAGCCACCAAGCACACAUGACCCCACCACGUGUGCCUCCAAAGCCAACCUCAGGCGGACGUCAUCAGUCACCAUCACCUGUGAGACGUGUCAAGGUGCCCACUCCGGCCCCUGUCAGGCCUGUAUCCCCCUCAUCAAGACUGUCUGUGUCCCCAAUCAGACCAGUUAAAUCCCCACUGACCACACGGAAAAAGGUAGCCCAUGGUCCUAAUGUCCCCCCACCAUGGAAGCAGGGAGACUUGGUGGAAGGUUCCAGCAGCUAUUCCAGCAGCAGGACUUCUAGUGCCACCCAUGCCCAGGCCUCCAUGUCUGCCACCCAUGCCCAGGCCUCCAUGUCUGCCACCCAUGCCCAGGCCUCCAUGUCUGCCACCCAUGCCCAGGCCUCCAUGUCUGCCACCCAUGCCCAGGCCUCCAUGUCUGCCACCCAUGCCCAGGCCUCCAUGUCUGCCACCCAGGUUCACAUGGAGCAGCACUGGGAGGGCUCUUAUGGAUCGCAAACGACUGGUGCUGCUGUAUCUGGUGUCGCUGUGAGAGAGGUAAGGAGAUUCCUAUUUCAUAGGAGCCCCUCUCUCAACUCUCUCUGUGGCAGAGACAUCUUGAGGCUGAUUGGUAAGGCACAGCAUGAGGUGGAUGAUAAAAGCAUUGCUGUAGCUACUGUGGUAGCAGCUGUGGACCAAGCUUGCAGCCGCAAGUCUGCUGGUUUUACACCAGAGCCGGUUCCAGAGCCGGUGCCAGAGCCGGUGCCGGUGGUGCAGCCCGAUCCCCUCAAGCUCUGCCAGAUUGUUGAGACUGCAGCAGUCCCAUCCCAUGCAGAAGAGCCAGUUGUGCCACCUACUCUUGUAGCUGGCUUGAAGAACGUGACUGUGACUGAGGGUGAAUCUGUGACUCUGGAAUGUCAGAUCACUGGUAACCCUGCCCCUGGCAUCAUGUGGUUCAGAGAGGACUACAGAAUUGAGAGCUCCAUUGACUUCCAGAUCACUUAUGAGAGUAAAUGUGCCCGUCUGGUCAUCCGCGAGGCCUUCGUAGAAGACAGCGGUCGCUUCACUUGCACUGCUACUAGCGAGGCUGGAACCAUCAGUACAUCCUGCUACCUGCUUGUCAAAGUAACUGAGGAGAUUGAGACCAGGGAAGAGAUGACACAAGAGAUGACACACUUUGCUGUUGAAGCAAAGGAGGAGACCAUGUCAGAGGUGAAUGUCAUCACCACAGGAUCACCAGUAGAUACUGCAGAUGCUGUCGCUCCCUUCUUUGUCAAGAAGCCAACUGUACAGAAGUUGGUGGAGGGCGGAAGAGUUGUCUUUGAGUGCCAGAUCGGAGGCAGCCACAAGCCCAACAUUAUCUGGAAGAAGACUGGAGUGCCCCUUACUACAGGAUACAGAUAUAAAGUGCACUACAAUAAGGAGAGUGGAGUGUGUAAAUUGGAGAUCUCCAUGACGUUUGCUGAUGAUGCUGGAGAGUACUCCAUCGUAGCCAGGAACCAGCUUGGAGAAGAGUCUGCCUCAGCCAGUCUGCUGGACGAAGGGGAAUAUGAAGAAUACAUGAAGAAACAUGAAAUGACCUAUAAUACUGAAGUGACUACGGUGCAGGCGAAUGUUUCCCCUGUUGUUGUGAGCGAAUAUGACGACCAGAAGUACAUCCAGAGAAUGGCACAGAUGCAAAGCUUUGUUAGAACUCAGGAACUCCAGAUUUCUUCAUUUGAGGAGAGGAUUAUCCACGAGAUUGAGGUCCGCAUCCUGCAGAUUACAUACCAACAAAUUGUGACUGAGGAUCGGGAAGAGAUGGUGACUUGUGCAGACCGUGAGGCUGUACAGUCAGACUUUGCCACUCCAGUUAAAAACUACAGCAUCAUGGAAGGAAUGGGGGUCACUUUCCACUGCAAAAUGGCAGGAACUCCACUACCCAAGAUCGUAUGGUACAAAGAUGGCAAGCGUAUCCAUCAUGGCGGCCGUUACCAGAUGGAGAGUCUUCAGGAUGGUAGAGCCAGCCUACGUCUUCCUGUGGUGCUGCCAGAAGAUGAAGGUGUUUACACAGCAUUUGCCAGCAACAUGAAGGGAAAUUCUGUGAGCUCUGGGAAACUGUAUGUGGAGCCCACUGCCAUUGCAGUAGCUCAGUGUUACACACCUGAACCUCAGGCAAUGCAGAGAAUUAGAUCUCUGAGUCGUUCUCCCGGACGCUCUACAAGCCGCUCUCCCGGGCCUUCUCCCGGACGCUCUACAAGCCGCUCUCCUGCCCGCUCUCCUGCAAGCAGGCUUGAUGACACUGAUGAGAGUCAGCUUGAGAGACUGCACAAGCCUGUGUUUGUCUUGAAGCCACAGUCAUUCAAGUGUGCUGAAGGGCAGACUGCCAGAUUUGACCUGAAAGUAGUUGGUAGACCCAUGCCUGACACUUUCUGGUUCCACAAUGGACACCAAGUUGUCAAUGAUUACACCCACAAGAUAGUGGUGAAGGAAGAUGGAACUCAGUCACUGAUUGUGGUUCCAGCCAUGCCCCAUGACUCUGGAGAGUGGACGGUAGUUGCUCAAAACAGAGCUGGGAAAAGCUCUGUGUCCAUAACACUUACAGUUGAUGCCAAAGAGAACCUGGUCAGACCCCAGUUUAUUGAGAAGCUGAAGAACGUCAGUGUCAAGAAAGGCACUCUGGUUGAGUUGGCUGUCAAAGCCAUCGGAAACCCCCUGCCUGACAUUGUUUGGCUGAAAAACAGUGACAUCAUCUCCCCACAGAAGCACCCAAAUAUUAAGAUUGAGGGCCUCAAGGGACAAGCCAAAUUCUAUAUCCCACAAUCUGUGAGUUCUGAUAGUGCCUGGUACACAGCCACAGCCAUUAACAAAGCUGGAAGAGAUACCACUCGCUGCAGGGUCAACAUUGAAGUGGAUGUUGCUGCACCUGCACCGGAGAGGAGACUCAUUAUCACCAAGGGAACCUACAAGGCCAAGGAAGUUGCAGCUCCAGAGUUGGAAUCUCUGCAUCUACGUUAUGGCCAAGAGCAAUGGGAGGAGGCUGACCUAUAUGACAAGGACAAGCAGCAGAAACCGCAGUUUAAGAAGAAGCUGACUUCCGUCAGGCUGAAGCAUUCUGGUGCUGUCCACUUUGAAUGCAGACUGACCCCUAUUGGUGAUCCCACUAUGGUUGUUGAGUGGUUACUUGAUGGCAAACCCCUUGCAGCUGCUAACAGAUUGCGCAUGGUUAAUGAAUUUGGCUACUGUAGUCUUGACUUUGAAGUUGCCUAUGCCAGAGACAGUGGUGUUAUCACCUGCAGAGCCACUAACAAAUUUGGAGUUGACCAGACCUCAGCUACACUCAUUGUAAAGGAUGAGAAGAGCCUUGUUGUGGAGGGCAAGAGGGAAAUAUACAGAAUUGAUGAGAUGGAGCGCAUGGCUCACGAAGGAGGUCCUUCUGGAGUCACUGCAGAUGAGUAUUCAGAGAAGUCAAAGCCUGAAAUUGUCCUUCUUCCCGAGCCAGCAAGAGUGUUGGAAGGUGACAUUGCAAGAUUCCGUUGCAGAGUGAUUGGUUAUCCUACACCUAAGGUCAACUGGUACCUCAAUGAGCAGCUCAUUCGCAAGAGCAAGAGAAUGAGACUUCGCUAUGAUGGCAUUUACUAUCUUGAGAUUAUCGAUAUCAAGUUAUAUGAUGCAGGAUAUGUCAAAGUGGUAGCAGAGAACCCUGAGGGCACAGCUGAGCAUCUGGUGAAGAUAGAGAUCACACAGAAAGAGGACUUCAGAUCUAUUCUCCGUCGCAUUCCUGAACCAAAGGCACAUGACACUACUGAACAAGGAAGAAUUAGCUUUGAAGUUGUGAAGGUUGACAGACCUGCUGAUGCCCAGCCAAAGGAAGUUGUCAAACUGAGGAAGACUGAAAGAGUCAUUCAUGAGAAGUCCACAGAGGAGACAGAUGAGUUGAAGAGUAAAUUUAAGCGCAGGACAGAGGAAGGUUAUUAUGAAGCCAUCACUGCUGUGGAGCUCAAGUCCAGAAAAAAGGAUGAGUCCUAUGAGGACAUGCUUAGGAAGAGGAAGGAAGAACUGCUUCACCAUCAGAAACUGUUGUCUGAGGCUAAGAACAAGAAAGAUUUGGAGGAGGGAAAACUCACCAUCCCCACAAUCAAACCAGAGAAAGUACAGCACUCUCCCAGCAUGGAAGCUCCAAAGAUCUUGGAACGCAUUGCAAGCCAGACCGUGUCUCAGACCGAGGAAGUUCGCUUCAGAGUCAGAGUUGUUGGCAAACCGGAACCUGAGUGCCAGUGGUUCAAGAAUGGAAUCCUACUGGAGAAGACAGAUCGUAUUUACUGGUUCUGGCCUGAAGACCACGUAUGUGAAUUAGUGGUCAGCGAUGUCACAGCAGAAGACUCUGCUAGCAUCAUGGUCAAAGCCAUAAACAUCGCUGGAGAGGCUUCAAGCCAGGCAUUCCUGCUGGUGCAAGGUAAGACAGUUAUUACCUUUGCUCAACAACUAGAGGAUGUGGAAGCUAAAGAGAAGGACACCAUGGUGACAUUUGAGUGUGAGACCAGUGAGCCUUUUGUCAAAGUCAAAUGGCUGAAGAACAAUGCAGAGAUUUUCUCUGGAGACAAAUACAGGAUGCACUCAGACAGAAAGGUUAAUUUCCUUUCUGUACUGACCAUCAACAUGAAGGACGAUGCAGAAUACAGUUGUGCUGUUAUUGAAGAUGACCACAUCAGGACCACUGCCAGACUCAAUGUGGAAGGUGCUUCACUGUCAAUCGUGAAGAGGCUGGAGAACAUUGAAGUGCCUGAGACCUACACUGGGGAGUUUGAGGUAGAAUUGUCUCGAGAGGAUGCUGAAGGUACAUGGUACUUCAAUGACAAGGAAAUCACGCCCAGCAGCAAAUAUGUUACCUCCUCCUGUCGUGGACGCCAUACCUUGUCUGUCAAAGACAUCAAGAAAGAAGAUCAGGGAAAAUAUACAUUCAAAAUGUACGAUAUGCAGACCAGUGCCUCCCUGAAGAUGAAACUGCGCCCUGUGACACUGAUGCAACCCCUCACUGACCUGACAAUCUGCGAGGGUGACAUCGCUCAAUUAGAAGUGCGAUUCUCCCAGGAAAACGUUGAGGGAACAUGGAUGAAGAAUGGCCAAGCAAUCUCCGCUACAGAUCGCAUCCACAUCGUUAUCGACAAACUGGUCCACAAGCUGCUUGUUGAAAAUGUGAGCAGAGAUGAUGCUGCAACAUACUCAUUCUUUGUCCCAACUCAGGAUAUCGCAACCUCUGGGAAGUUGAACAUUCAAACGGUUGAAAUUUUGAGCCCACUCACGGAUGUUACCGCAGUUGAGGGCACCAAGGCUGUUAUUGAGACUAAAAUCUCUGCUGCUGAUGUUACCUCUGUGAAAUGGUUACACAAUGACAAGCUUGUGAUGCCCAGCGAGAGAAUCCAGAUGCUUGCAAAGGGAUCCAAACAGCACCUGGUAUUCCACAGGACCUUUGCCACUGAUGAAGGAACCUACAAGCUAUGUGUUGGCAAAGCUGACUCUAGCUGUAAACUGACUAUCGAAAAAAUUCAUAUCGUGAAGCAUAUGGAGGAUCAAGUUUGCACAGAGACCCAGAAUAUAACAUUUAAAGUCGAGGUUUCCCACCCUGGCAUUGCCGCUGUGUGGACAUUCAAGAAACAAGAACUCAAAGCUGGUCCAAAGCACAAGAUUGAGGCCAAGGGCAAGAAUUACAGCCUGACUGUCAUUAACACCAUGAAGGAUGAAGACGGGCAAUACACAUUCGCUGCUGGUGAACAGACAUCCAGUGCAAAGCUUACUGUGUCAGGUGGUGCCAUAAACAGACCACUCCAGGACGUGACUGUGGCUGAGUCUCAGACAGCUGAGCUGGAGUGUGACGUGGCCAACCCAGCUGCUGAGGGCAAGUGGCUGAAGGAUGGACAACCUGUGGACUUCAGUGACAAUGUCAAACAUGUGAAAAAUGGAGCUGUCAGACGUCUUGUUAUUACCAUGACUAGACCCCAGGACAUCGGUGAAUACACUUACCAGGUUGCAAACUCCAAGACAACAGCCAUCCUGAGGGUUGAGUCUGUGAAAGUCAUGAAAACCCUGACGAACCAAACUGUCACUGAGACACAGGAGGCAGAGUUCAGUCUCGAGCUCAGCCACAAGAAUGUGAAGGACUCACAAUGGAUUAAGAAUGGUGUAGAUAUCCAACCUAGUGAGAAAUAUGAACUCACAAUUGAUGGCAUGGUCCACACCUUGAAGAUCAAGAACUGCGACACACGUGAUGAAUCAGUUUAUGGAUUCAAACUUGGAAAACUAUCUGCUAAUGCCAAAUUGAACGUUGAGACAAUUAAGAUUGUUAAGAAGCCUAAAGAUGUGACAUCACUAUUGGAUGCCACUGCCUCUUUUGAGCUGAGCCUGUCUCAUGAUGACAUCCCUAUCAAAUGGAUGUUCAAUAACGUUGAGCUUAAACCAAGUGAAAACAUCAAAAUGCUGUCUGAGAGAAAAGCUCACAAGCUGAUCAUCCAGAAUGUGAAGACUAACAACCAUGGAGAGUACACUGCUGUAGUUGGAAACCUGCAAUGCAGUGCAUCUUUACAUGUUGAAGCUCUGCGUGUCACAAAACCCAUAAAGAACAUUGAAGUCCCAGAGACCCAGGUGGCCACUUUUGAAUGCGAAGUGUCACAUUUCAAUGUCCCAUCCACCUGGCUGAAGAAUGGAGUGGAGAUAGAAAUGAGUGACAAGUUCAGGAUUGUGGUGCAGGGCAAACUUCACCAGCUCAAGAUCAUGAACACUGGCAGUGAAGACUCUGCAGAAUACACCUUUGUCUGUGGAAAUGACAGAGUCUCUGCCACUUUGACUAUCAAUGCCAUUUUGAUCACCAACCUGCUGAAAGAUCUCAGUGCACAGGAGAAAGACACCAUCACAUUUGAAGUGAAUGUCAACUAUGAGGGCAUCACCUACAAGUGGCUGAAGAAUGGUGUUGAGAUUCGCUCCACUGACAGAUGCCAGAGCAGCACCAAACACCUAACUCACUCUCUCACCAUCCGAAAUGUUCAUUUUGGUGACGGUGCAGAGUACAAGUUUGUGGCUGGUUCUGCUGCGUCAUCAGCAAAGCUUUAUGUUGAUGCUCGCAUUAUUGAAUUCACCAAACAUAUCAAAGAUAUCAAGAUCACAGAGAAGAAGAGGGCCACUUUUGAAUGUGAGAUCUCUGAGCCUAAUGUACAGGUGACGUGGAUGAAAGAUGGACAGGAACUGGACAUUUCCGAAAGAUACACUGUAUCCACUGAGGAAUUCCUGCACCGUCUAAUGAUCCAGUCCGUCUGCAUGUCUGAUGCCGGAGGGUACUCUGUAAUCGCUGGUGCAAGCAUGUCAAAGGCUCAUCUCACCGUGGAGGGCAAAGACGUCUGCAUUACAGAACCUGCUGAGAAGAAAAUGACGGUUGUUGAGAAACAAAGAACAACGUUCGAGUUUGAAGUCAAUAAGGAUGACAUUGAAGGUCGCUGGCUGAGGAACGGCAUUGAGCUCCAGUUUGCCGUUGAGCAGAGGUUCAGCUAUGCAUGCAUUAGAAAGCUUCAUCGUCUGACCAUCACUGAGACCUGUAGAAGUGAUGCAGGAGAAUACACCUUCAUCGCUGGCAGGAACAGGAGGGUGGUGACACUUCAUGUCAAUAUCCCCGAGCCACCUCAGAUCAUUAACCACAUGCAGCCCCUGUCUGUGGAGUCCGGCAAACCUGCUCGCUUCUCUGUGGAAGUGACUGGCGUCCCCCAGCCCCAGGUGUUCUGGUACAAGAACUCCCAGGCUCUCUCCCCUGGUUUCAAGUGCAAGUUCCUGCGUGAUGGGAAUGAACACUGUCUGCUGCUCAUUGAAGUGUUCCCAGAUGACGCGGGGGUCUACAAUUGUGAGGUCAAGAAUGAAGGUGGUGUUGCCACCAGUUCAGCUGCACUGAAUGUCGAAGUCUCAGAAGUAGUUUCACCUGAUAUUGGAGCUCCUCUGUCCCCACCUACCAUGGUCUCACCAAUCAGCAACACCUCAACCACUGAGGGAGAGUCAGCCAGAUUCCAGUGCAAAGUUACUGGAGAAGCUCUGAAGAUAUCCUGGUUCUGUGGUGAGAAAGAAAUGAAGCAGUCAAACUUGUUUAAGAUGUCUACGUUUGAUAACACCUGCCAGCUGGAGAUCACCAGAGUGUACUCUGAGGUUGAGGGGGAAUACACCUGUGUUGCCAGAAACCCAGCAGGAAUGGUCACAUGCUCUGCACAUUUGAAACUUGAUGUAACCAAUAUGAAGGAAGAGAUUGAAGCAACCAUUGAGCAAGAAGUCAAAGUGCCACCCGUUUUCAGGUACAAAAUCAUUCCCCUGGAGAUCAAUGUUGGCAGCGGAGCCAAGUUCGAAUGUGAAAUUGAAGAUGCACCAAAUGUGAACUUCAAAUGGUUCAAGUCUGGCACUUCGAUCAAAGAGAGUGCCAAUUGCUGCAUCCUCAGUCGGCAACUGACAUCUUCAUUGGAGCUCCUGAGCCCAACCAAAGCUGACAGUGGUGAAUACAAUUGCAAGGCUACAAACCAGCAUGGCAGUGACACCUGUGCCGCCAAACUGACAGUAAUUGAGAUGUACCCGCCAGUAUUUAGUACAAUGCCUGAUCCUAUGACUUUAUACGUGGGCAAACAAGCAUCAUUCCAGUGUGUAGUCUGGCACAAAGACAAUAUUGCUGUUUCUUCUUGGGGGAACUAUCAGAUAGCGUCUGACAAGACCAAAUACUCCCUACAAAUCAAAAAUCUUCAGCUGAUCGAUCAGGGUACUUACAUUUGCAAAGCAUCGAACAGCGUUGGCACUGUUACAUGCAGUUCAGAGUUGAGGGUUAUCAACAAACCCAGUUUCAUAAAGACCUUCGAUACCUCAGUGUCUUCAGCCAUUGGUAAUACACUGAGGCUCGAAGGUCAAGUGGACGAGGACACUGGAGUGUCCAUCACCUGGAUAAAGGAAGGAAAAAAGCUCCAUCAAACAAUGGACUGUAUACAAUCUUUUGAAGAAAAUGUUGUUGUUCUUGAAAUUACUAAGGAAAAACUGAAAGAUUCAGCGAAAUAUGUCCGUACAGCUUCAAAUGAUUAUGGGAGUUCAACUUGUUCUAUGAUGUUGAUGGCACAAGAACCCCCAACCUUUGUUAAGAAACUGGAACCAAAGCUAAUGUGGAAGCAGGGCAUAGCUGCUCGGAUGCAGUGCAUAGUCAAAGGAUCAGCUGAACUCAAAACUUCCUGGUCUCUGAAUGACAACGAUCUCAGUGAUGGAGAUAAACAUACAAUCACUUUCAAGGCUGGUCUUGCAACUUUGGAAAUAAUCAAUGUAAAUGUGUUAGAUAGCGGAAACUACACUUGCGAGGUGUCAAACGAAGCUGGUAGUGAGAGCAGCAUCACUGAGUGAUCUGUAAAAGAUACCCCGUCCUUUAGAAAAGAUUUGCAAAUGGUUGAGGCAGUGAAGGAAACUCCUGCCGUACUCGAAUGUGAAAUUAAAGGAACAGCUCUGUUGGAAAUCAUCUGGUUGAAGAAUAAGAAACCAGUCUUCGCCACAGAUCAAAAGUAUAAGAUCACCUAUCAGGAAUCCAUUGCUCGUUUGGAGUUCUGCUCAUUUGAAAGUGCAGACAUUGGAGAUUACCAAUGCUGCAUAGCCAAUUAUGUUAGUAAAAUCACCACUAAGACACUGGCCAAACUUAAGGAACCACCAACAUUUGCGAAGAAGAUUGAAACCAUUACAGCAACAUUGGGAUAUUCUGUGAAACUGCAGGGCACAUUGAAAGGCUCCCCCAUUUCCAUAAAAUGGAUGAAAAAUACUGAAAUGUUGAGAGAUGAUGAUCCAAAUAUAAAAAUGACAUUUGAGAUUGCUAUUGCUAUUCUCCACGGCAUUGCCAUUAGCCACUGCAUUGCCAUUAGCCACGGCGGCAAGUACACUUGCCAAGCAGAGAAUGAGACUGGACAAAACAAAUAUGAUGCCACUCUAACAGUUUAAGAACCUGCUAAAGUCUUAGAGAAAGCAUAAUCCAUCAACGUGACUUCAGGGGACUCAACCUUGGAAUGCAAAAUCGCUGGAAGCCCAGAACUUAAAGUGAAAUGGUUCCAUGAUGGAAAGGAGAUGAAAGGGAAUCGAAAAUAUAAAAUCACUCUAAAAGAUAAUAUUGCCAUCUUAAAGAAUAUUGCAGCUGAAAAAGUAGACUCUUCCGAAUACAUGGUGGAAGUGUCCAACCGUGUUGGAAAGGACCAGUGCACAUGCUCUAUUACCGUGUUGGAAAGGACCAAUUAUAUCAUACUACUCUCUUUCACAAAGUCUCUGAAAAGACUUGAUGGAAUUAUGGGUAACAAUAUUUCAUUGGAUUGCAAAGUAUCUGGAUCCCAGCCUAUGAUUCUGUCUUGGUUCAAAGAUGAGAAAGAGAUCAAGUCUGGAGAUGGAUAUCUACCUCAAAUCAAAUACAACUCAGUUGCACUGAAAAUGACUAAAUUGGAAAAGGUUGAUGCUGAAGUGUACACAUGCCAUGCAACAAAUUCUACAGGAUCUAAAGAAAGCAGUGGAACCUUAUAUGUCAAAGAAUCUCCAAUCUUCACAUUAAAACCUGACAACCAAGAUGUCGUACCAGGAUCUACUGUUGCCUUGAAGUCUGCUUUCACUGGAUCAGCUCCUCUUACUGUUAAGUGGUUCAGAGAGGACAAGGAGAUAUCAAGUGGAGGCACAUUUUUUAUCAAGAAAGAGACCUACUCAAAUGAUUUGGAACUUCACUCCGUAAAACCCACCGACUUGGCUAAAUACACAUUGGCCAAUGACGCUGGAACGGUGGCAUGCACGGCUGUCUUGUUUGGGAAAGAAUGUCCAAUGUUUGUGAUGAAGCUUGAGUCUACAAAACUAGUAGUGAAAGGAAGUGCUGUGAAGCUGGAGUGUAAAGCAACCGGCACCCCUGAGAUCAUUUUUAAGAACGAGAUUGAGAUGAGACAAAAUUAGAAAUACAAAAUGGCUGUUACUAACUCAGUUGCCUCACUGGAGAUUGUCAACUGCUCUGUUGAUGAUAGUGGAGAUUAUGUUUGUGUGUCAUCAAGUGAUGCUGGUAGUGACCACUGCACCAGCAGAAUUACAGUUAAAGAACCUCCAAUAUUUACGAGGACCUUUGAAUCCAAAGAACUUAUCAAAGGGUCUAAUAUUAUUUUGGAAGGACACCUUGCAGGCUCUGCUCCAUUCAACACAUCUUUUUACAAAAACACAAAGGCGAUCAGAAAUGAUAAAAUACACAAGAUAGUCUUAAAGGAUGACAUAGUUACCCUCCAGAUGUUGGGAAUUGAUGCCGGAGAUGCUGGAAAAUAUCAGUGUACACUAGAAAAUGAAGUUGGGAAGUCAUCUUUGCUUUUCCACCUAGAACCGCCAUCAUUUGCACAAAAGAUAGAGAAUAUGAAUUCCCUAGUUGGCAGUGAGAUUUCUAUGCAGUGUAUUCUGAAAGGAUCAGUACCUAUGACUGUGUCAUGGCUGAAGGAUGACCAUGAUGUCAAAGAUGGUGAAUGUGCUCAGAUGUCCUUUGAAAACAGGACAUCACUGCUGCGUAUUUCAAAUAUUCAAACAAAACAUGCUGGGAAAUAUAUUUGUCAGGCCAAAAAUGAAGCUGGCAGCCAGAAAUGCUCUGUGUUAUUGGUAGUCAAAGAUGAGAAAGAGAUCAAGACUGCUGAUAUUGUGAAGAGCUCAAAUGCGUCUUUCAAUUGUCAAGUCAUUGGCACAGGUCCGUUUGAGGACCUGUGGCACAAGGAUUUAAAUUAAAUGAAAUCCAGCACAAAGCACAGCCUCUCACAAGUACAGGACAUUCUGAAUCUUGAAAAACAGAAAUGUUAUGGUGUAGAUGUUGGUGAAUACCAGGGUACCGUCUCAAAUUAGGUUGGAAGUUGUUCUUGUAGAACUACUCUUCGUAUAAAAAAACCACCAUUUGUGAAGAAAGUCGAAAAUGUCACAACUGUUUUGGGAAAAUCGGCUGAAUUUCAGUGUAUUGUCACCGGGUAUCCAAAUCUGUCUGUGCAAUGGCAAAUAUCAGAGAAUUGGAUCUUGGAAGACCCUAAAAUUGAAAGGAUCUUUGAAGAUAAUAUGGCAACUCUAAGGAUUCCGGUCUGUGAAGCCUGUCACAGCGGGAAAUAUACCUGCCAGGUGGAAAAUGAGGCUGGACAAAACAAGUGCUUUGCAACCCUCAUAGUGCAAGAACCACCUCAGAUUACAGAGAAACCAGAAGUGAUAAAAGUAACUAUUGAGGAUCCAGUCAGUUUAGAGUGCAAAGUGGCAGGCACUCCUGAGCUCAAAGUGAAGUGGACCAAAGACAGCAAAGAGUUCAAGUCAAAUCCACAAUACAAACUUAGCUUUGAGAACAACCUUAGUAGCCUUAAUAUGCAGACUACACAAAAGGAGGAUGCAGGCGACUAUCAAUUUGAGGUUUCAAACCACAUUGAGACAUGCAGUUGCAAAAUUAAGUUGAUUGUACUAGAACAAACUAUCCCUCCAAGCUUCACCAAACCUCUGAGUGAAAUACAGGAAAUAUUGGGAAUGCUUGUUCAAAUGAAUGGCAAAAUAUCUGGAUCUCUUCCUAUCACUGUGGAAUGGCAGAAAGAUGGGAACAGAAUUGACUUUGGUGGAAAAUAUAAACUUGUUCGUCAAGACAUUUCUAUGUAUUUGGAAAUCGAACAGCUAGAGAGAGCUGAUGCCGGCACUUACUCUUGCAAACUGACAAAUAAAGCAGGAAGUGUUGAAUGCAGUGGGGCAGUGAAGGUGAAAGAGCCACCAAGCUUUGUUCUGUUGCCUGAGUCUCAUACAGCCCUUCCUAACUCCAACAUGCGAUUUAAGAGCACGUUUAAAGAAACACCUCCCUUCACAGUGAAAUGGUUUAAGGAUGACACUGAAUUGAUCACUGGACCAUCAUGUUUUAUUGGACUGGAAGGAUUAUCUUGCUUCCUAGAUCUUUACUCAGUUUUGCAGAGUGGAAUUUACUCUUGUCAAUUUAAAAAUGAUGCUGGCAUUAAAAGAUGUAGUGCUGCUUUAAUGGUGAAAGAACCUCCUGAAUUUGCGCUAAAAUUGCCAGUCACAAAGUUUGUGAAGAAGUGCGAGCCACUCCGUCUUGAAUGCAAAGUUAAGGGUUCCCCCUCUCUGCGAAUGCAGUGGUACAAAAAUGACACUAAGAUCACAGAUGGUGACAACUAUAGACAAUCAUUUGUUGACUCAAUGGCAGUCCUUGAGCUGCGCACCACAAGAUUUGAUGACAAUGGAGUCUACACCUGUGAAGCAACCAAUGACGCUGGAAGUAUAAGAUGCAGCACAACUCUUAGAGUCAAAGAUGAACCAUCUUUCCUCAAAGUGCUUCGGCCAAUUGAAGGAAUGAAAGGAAAGGAUGCUAGCCUACACGGUGAGAUGUUUGGCACAGCACCCUUUGAGAUUACCUGGGCCAAAUACAAAACGCCAUUAAAGGAAAGUAGGAAAUAUAAGAUUGUGAAUGAGGAUACUGCUGCCACUCUUCAUAUCAUUGGAUUGGAAGCUUCAGAUUUUGGAGAAUAUAAGUGCAAGGCAUCAAACAGUAUAGGAUAUGAAACAUGCUGUACUACAGUUCAACUCAGAGAACCACCAACGUUUGUGGAGAAAUUGUUGAAUACGACAUGCACAUUGGGUGAAGAAGUCACCCGGAAAGCCACUGUCAAAGGCUCUCAGCCAAUGACUGCAUCUUGGUUACAGGAUAAGGAUCACAUUCUCAGAGAUGGUGACAUCCAGAAAAUUACAUUUGAAAACAACCAGCUCCCUCUUAAAGUAUUUAAAGCAGACUCACUGGCAAUGGGCAAAUACACGUGCCAACUCCGAAACGAUGCCGGAGUUGUGGAAUGUUUUUCUAACAUAACUGUAUUAGAACCCGCUAAAGUUGUGGAGAGACCAGAGUCUUUCAGCGUGACUGCAGGUGAUAUUGCAGCUCUAGAAGUCAAAGUGUCGGGGACACCAGAGCUGAAACCAAAGUGGUUUAAGAAUGGAGUCGAGCUCUCCUCUGGCCAGAAGUACAACAUCUCCUUCUCAAAGAUGAUCUCCAGCUUGAAAGUGUUGUCUGCAGAGAGGAUUGAUAUGGGAGAAUAUACAUUUGAGGUCAAAAAUGAGGUUGGCAGUGAUCUCACCAAAUUAAACCUCACUGUCCUAGAUAAAACCAUACCUCCAACAUUCACACAGAAACUGAAGGAAUCUCAUCUUAUUGUUGGAAAAGCUGGUGAAAUGGACUGCAAAGUCUCUGGUUCUGCACCUUUUACCAUUACUUGGUACCAUGAUGAAGAGGAGAUCAAAACUGGACCAAAUUAUGAGAUUUUAUUCAGUGACAACACCUGCACACUUAAAGUGCCCACUCUUAAGUGGUCUGACUCUGGAGUGUAUAAAUGCAAAGCCGUAAACAAGGCCGGGACCAAUGAGACCAGUUCCUCUUUCAUUGUGAAAGAACCUCCUUCUUUUGUGAAGCCACCUCAGCCACUGGAAGCAAUGCCUGGAACAAAUGUAACUUUCUCAGCAAUUGUCAAAGGAAGUGCCCCACUGAAACUGAAGUGGUUCAGAGGCACGAAGGAAAUUGUGUCUGGAAAAGGCUGUGAAAUUGCUCUACGGGACAAUUCAGCUACUCUGGAGCUAUACAAAAUUGACAAAUUCCACGCGGGAGAGUAUACAUGCCAGAUUAUUAAUGAUGCUGGGAAGGAAAGUUUCCUAGUUAACCUGUCUGUGAAAGAACCUGCUAGCUUUGUUAAGAAGCUGAACAACCACUCUGUUGAAAAGGGAAAAUCAUUGAUACUUGAGUGCACAUACACUGGAACCCCAAAGAUAUUCGUCACCUGGUAUAAGGACGGCCAACAGCUAUAUGCCUCUUAUAAGCACAACGUCACUACCACAGAGACCUCCUGCAUCUUGGAGUGUUUAAACAGUGACGAUAAAGAAGCAAGUGGGGAAUACGCUUGUGAAGUUUCCAAUGACGCCGGAAAAGAUACCUGCAAAGCACAAGUGUUCAUUUUAGAACCACCUUAUUUCAUUGAUCAUUUGGAGCCAAUGGAAGUUACUGCUGGUGAUGCAGUUUGUUUGAAAUGCCAUGUUGGAGGAACCCCUGACAUUAAGGUGGCUUGGUAUAAGGCCGACGGAAAAGUGAGCUCUUCCCCUGAUUGCAAAAUAGAGUAUUCCAAAGGCAUUGCUUGCUUGAAAUUGAGCAAAGCAGCCGAGGCUGAUAUUGGUGAAUACACAUGCAAAGCUGAAAACAGAAUAGGAUCAGCCUCAUCCAGCUGUCGUCUCUCUGUCCAAGAGGCAAAAACGCCACCAACCUUCCCCAAGAAAAUAACCAGCAUUCAACAGACUGAAGGAAUGGAAGUCAAAUUGGAGUGCCGUGUGUCAGGCUCCUCCCCCAUUGAGGUCUCUUGGCUUAAAGACGGUGAAACUGUGAAAUCCAACGACUAUACCAUGAGUUAUGAUGAUAACACGGCUGUCCUACAAAUAUCCAGAGGUGAAAUGAGACACUCUGGGGAAUACACUUGUAUUGCUACCAACAGUGUUGGGACUGCAUCCUGCAGAGCCAAACUCACUCUUAAAGAGCCAAGAUAUCCCCCUGUCUUUGAUAAAAAGCUGUCACCCAUGGUGGACAUUUCAGUGGGUGAUAGUGUGGAAUUGGAAUGCCACAUGACUGGAUCUUUGCCAUUAAAAGUCACUUGGUCAAAAGAUCACAAAGAUAUUCGAUCAGGGGGAAAUUACAAGAUGGCCUGUGUGGAUAACACCCCACACCUCACUAUAUUGAAAGCAGAUAAAUCAAGUAAUGGCCGCUACAUUUGCCAUGCCACUAAUGACAUUGGAAAGGACUCUUGUUCCACUGAAAUUACUGUCAAAGAGCGUCAAAUCCCACCUUCAUUCACCAAAAAGCCCACAGAGACCCUAGAGGAAACGGAGGGCAAGAUGGUGAAGAUUGAGGCACGUUUGUCUGGAUCUCAGCCCAUGACCAUUAAUUGGUAUAAAGAUGACAGUGAGAUUCACAGCUCUGAUCACUAUGACAUGUCUUUCAAGAGCAAUGUGGCUGUGUUGUGUAUCAAGAGCUCCAAAGUCUCAGACUGUGGGAGGUAUACCGGCACAGCAACCAAUGAAGCAGGCACUGCCUCUUGCAAAUUGACAGUUACCAUAACUGAACACAAGAAGCCCCCUACAUUUGACCCCGCUCUCAAACCUGUCACGCUGAUUGAGGGUGAGAACCUGCACCUUAGCUGCCAUGUCCAUGGAUCACCUUCUAUGAAGAUUCAGUGGAUGAAGGACAGGAAAGACUUGAAAAACAAUUCCAGCAGUAAAAUAAGUUUUGCCGAUGGUGUUGCUUCUUUGGAGGUCAUGCGCGUAUCAAAGAAUGAUGCAGGGGACUAUCUCUGCAAGGCAACCAAUGAGGCUGGUAGUGAAUUCUGCAAGGCCAAAGUAACUAUCAAAGAGAAAUCCAAAGCAGCACCUGAACCCGCUGCAGAGGAACCAACUGCAGCACCAGUAAAGAAACUGGACAACUUGUUCUUCAUCGAGGAGCCCAAGCCUUGCCAUGUAGCCGAGAAGGGCACUGCAACUUUCAUUGCCAAAGUUGGAGGUGAUCCUAUUCCUAACGUGAAAUGGAUGAAGGGCAAGUGGAGACAGAUCACUCAUGGUGGUCGCAUCACUAUUGAGCAGAAGGGACCGGAGGCCAAGUUGGAGAUCACAGAAAUAACAAGGUCUGACUCCGGACAGUACAGAUGUGUCGCAACUAACAAAGCUGGAGAAAUAGAAUGCAACACCGACAUGCAUGUUGAGGAAAGGAAAGAGGAUGCUGGAGUUGAGGGAAACUUCAGAGCAAAACUGAAGAAGACUCCAUCUAAACAGAAGAGUCCUCAGGAAGAGAAAGACAUUGACAUUGUAGAGUUGCUCAGAAAUGUGGACCCUAAGGAGUAUGAGAAAUACGCCCGUAUGUAUGGAAUCACUGACUACCGUGGACUUCUUCAGGCCAUUGAGCAGCUGAAGAGGGAGAAAGUAGAAGAAAGUGGAAGAUCGGAACCGGAGAGAGAGAGAGAGUUGGAUGAGGAUUUGGUCGCUCUUGUGGCUGAUUUGCAAAAGAGAAUGGAAUGUACUGAGCCGGUCACCGUGAAUAAGGACAUAACAGAUCAGUCUACAGUUACCAACAAGGUCGCUACUUUUGAGUGUGACAUCAAGAUCAACUUCCCUGAGAUCACCCUGUCCUGGUACAAGGGAACUCAGAAGCUUAACAACAAUGACAAAUAUGAAGUCAGCAUUGUCGGUGACCGUCACAUCUUGAAGAUCAAGCAGUGUCAAACCAAAGACCAGGGCAACUACCGUGUUGUAUGUGGCCCACAUAUCUCCAGCGCCAAACUGACUGUUAUCGAGCCUGAGGUUGAGAAACAUCUGGAGGAAGUUGCGGGACAGGAGGGGCAAACAUGCACUCUUUCUUGUCAGUUUUCUAUCCCUAAUGUCAAAACCCAAUGGUUUAAGAAUGGAAAGCUCUUAGAAAUGAAACACAGAUACUCGUAUGAGGUGGUCAACAACAUUCAGAGGCUCUCGAUUAAAGAUCUCAGACCAGAAGACCAAGGACGUUAUACCUGCAAAUAUGAAAACCUCGAAUCCACUGCAGAUCUCUUGGUUGAAGAAAUUGAAUUAGCAAGGGUACCCCAUGAUUCCAAAAUUUUUGUAGUACAGAAAAUCUCUCCAACCACAGCCCCGAGAGUACCUGUUGAGGAGGUGUCUGUCCAGAGUAAGAAGGUUGGAAUGAGGGAGGAAAUGCCACAAAAAGUUUCUGAAGAGCACAAGAAACCAGAGGAGAAGGCUAAACCAGCUGAGGCAGCAGAACCACAUAAAGAAGAACAUGAAGAAGCAAAGAAGCCUGCCCAUAAGCCAGCUGAGAAACCUGAACAGGUUCCACUAAAGAAAGAUGUGCCUCAAGCUGCACCCCAUGUUGCUGAACCAAAACCAGAGCCUGAAGUUUCACCUGCGACUAAGGUUGAACCUGAACCGAACCGUGUGCCUAUAAAGAAACCAGAGAGUCCACCAACCAAAGUGAUCGAGCCCAAACAGAAACCUGUACCUGUUGAGAAGGUACCUGAGAAAGUACCUACUGAAAAGGUACCUGAGAAAAUACCUACUGAAAAGGUACCUGUUGAGAAUGUACAUGAGAAAGUACCUACUGAAAAGGUACCUGUUGAGAAGGUACCUGAGAAAAUACCUACUGAAAAGGUACCUAUUGAGAAUGUACCUGAGAAAGUACCUACUGAAAAGGUACCUGUUGAGAAGAAAAAACCUACUGAAAAGGUACCUGUUGAGAAGGUACCUGAGAAAAUACCUACUGAAAAGGUACCUGUUGAGAAGAUACCUGAGAAAAAACCUACUGAAAAGGUACCUGUUGAGAAGAUACCUGAGAAAAAACCUACUGAAAAGGUACCUGUUGAGAAGAUACCUGAGAAAAUACCUACUGAAAAGGUACCUGUUGAGAAGGUACCUGAGAAAAUACCUACUGAAAAGGUACCUGUUGAGAAGGUACCUGAGAAAAUACCUACUGAAAAGGUACCUGUUGAGAAGGUACCUGAGAAAAAACCUACUGAAAAGGUACCUGUUACUAAACCUAAAAAGGAGAUGGAAGAAGAAAAGAAAAAAGUGGCUAAACCAGAGUCUAAACCAGAAAUCAAGCUAGAGUCCAAGCCAGAGAAGAGGGUUAUUGCUGAAAAGCCUGCUGAGACACUUGUAAAGAAAGUGUCUAUGCCAGAGUCUAAGCCAGAGCCUAAGCCAGAGGCUAAAACAGAGCCUAAACCUAAACCAGAGGCAAAAGCUUACACCAGAGAGGAAGGCAGCAAGCAGGCACCAGGACCAGCUAAGAAAGAUGGAAAGCCAGCAGAAGAAGCAGGUGCAGGUAGAGGUGCAGGCAGAGGCAGAGGCCUCAAAGCAGGCAAAACUCCAUCCCCUGGUGAAGGCAGGGGUAGAGGACUGAAACCUGGUGGUGGGGGAGGAGACAAACCCCCAGAUGCUAAUCCUUUUGGAUUCCAGCUCAAAGCAGUUCCCCUGAAGUUUACGAAACCACUCAAAGACAUAGUGUUACAAGAAGGUGAUGCUGUUGGUGCAUCUGCUACGUUUGAGUGUGAAGUUUCACCUUCUACUGCUGUAACUACAUGGAUGAAAGAUGGCAGCAACCUAAGAGAGAGUCCAAAACACAAAUUCACCUCUGAUGGCAAAGAUCGCAGACUGGCCAUUAUUGACGUCCAACUGGUGGACACUGGUGAAUAUACUUGUGUUGCCAAGCUGGGCAACAAGGAAAAGACAACAACCGCCAAACUCAUUGUUGAAGAACUGCCCGUGAAGUGGGUGAAAGAGCUGGCUGAGGAGACGUCGGUCCUGAAGGGGCAGCCUAUGUACCUGACCUGUGAGUUGAACAAGGAGAGAGAAGUGACCUGGAUGAAGAGUGGUAAGAUCCUCAAGGUCAUCGCUGGAAAGGUGGCCAUCAACGUCAUUGGAAUGCAACAAGCCGUUACGAUCCAGAACAUGGGAGAUGACGACGCUGGAAUCUACGCAUGCGAGUGUGAACUCAUCAGGACUAAAACAACUGUCAAAAUCAUUGAAAUUGUCAGAGACUGGUUGGUGAAACCAUUGAAAGAUCAGCAUGUGAAACCCAAGGCCACUGCCACUUUCAAAUGUGAGCUCUUCAAAGAAACCCCCAACUGGAAGUGGUUCAAAGGCAACAAUGAGAUUACAAAUGAUCCCACUGACAAGACUGAGGUCAAGAAAGAAGGCAAAGUCCUGACUCUCACAAUAAAGAAUGCACAGCCCGAAGAUAUUGCAGAAUAUACUAUGGAGGUUGAAGGCCACAGAUACACAGCUAACCUGACUCUUGGAGAACGUGAAGCUGAGAUCUUGAAGCCUCUCUCAAGUUGCGAGGUGGUCGAGAAAGAGGAUGUUACAUUUGAAACGGAGAUAUCUGAAGAGGAUGUGCCUGGAGAAUGGAAACAUAAAGGGCAGGUCUUAACAAGAUCACCGACAUGUGAGAUCAAAAUGGAGGGCAAUAAACGUUUCCUCACUCUGAAAAGUGUUCCACUGGACGCGUCUGGUGAAGUGUCUUAUACAGCUCUGAAUGCUGUCACUAGUGCUGUGCUCACAGUCAAGGUAAUGGAAAUGGACUUCACAGUCCCCUUAAAGGGCAUGCCUGUACCUGAAAAGAAACAGGCUAUGUUUGAAUGUACUAUCACAAGGGAUGUGCCUGAAGUCAUGUGGUUAAAGGGGUCAGACACUAUUGGUACAUCAGACAAAAAAUAUGAAAUAAUCAAUGAUGGAAUAAAACAUAUGUUGGUCAUAAACAUCGGUGAGUUUGAUGAUGAGGGGAAUUACAGUAUAGAAGCCGUGGGCAAGAAUUCAACCUCUACACUCACUGUGGAGGGGUCAGAUAAUAAUAAUCACAGUGGUUGUAGAGGGUGCAACAGAUCAUCACUUGAGGGUAGAAAUGAGGUAGAAAUCUCUGAAGAUGAUGUCCAUGGCCAGUGGAAACUGAACUAAGAAGUCCUUACCCAAUCCCCUGACAUUGAAAUGAUAGAGGACGGUGCAAAGCACACAUUAAUAUUAUACAACCUCAAGGCCCCCUUGUCAGGGGAGAUUCUAUUUACAACUGCUAAUGCUAAAUGUGUUGCUAAUCUGAAAGUGAAAGAGAGUCGAAUUACAUUUGUCACACCUUUGAGUGAUGUACAAGUGUAUGAAAAAUAUGAGGUCAGAUUUGAGUGUGAGGUGUCCAGAGUGCCUACGGGCUUCCGUUGGCUCAAGGGAUCUCAUGAGUUGACAGCUUAUGAUAAGUUUGAUAUUACCCAUGAGGGAAAGAGCAAAUGUGCCGCAUAUGAGGAUGAAGCUGAGUACAUAUUUGAGGCAGAGGACAAGAGAAACUCUUUCGCCACUGGCGAACUAGUUAUCCAAUGAAUUCGCCUUGAGUUUGUGAAGCCCAUUAAAGAUGUCACGGUCAAGGAGCGCUAGGCAGCAGAGUUCAGUAUUGAGGCUAGACAGCAGAGUUCAGUAUCACAUGACAACAUCCAGGUCACCUGGUACAAGAACAAUGUGCGUUUGCAUCCCAGCCAAGUUGUGCACAUGUCAGACGAUGGCAAGAUGCACAUAUUGACCUUCAAGGUGGUGUCCAUUGAUGACACAUCCAUGAUCAAAGUAGAGGCCAUGGACAAAUUCUCAGAGGCCAUGCACACAGUUCUCGAGGGAAAGCCUUACUUCACGACAAAACUGCACGACUGCUCAGUCACUGAGAAAGAUGAACUGACGAUGAUUUGUGAACUGAGCAAGCCCAAUGCAGAGGUGAAAUGGUUCAAAGGUGACCAGCAAAUCACUUCCUCCAAGAACGUGGUCAUCAAAGCCGAUGGAAAGAGGCGUAUGCUGAUCAUUAAGAAGACAGAGAAAGCCGACAUGGGAGAAUACAGCUGUGAUUGUGAUGCGGACAGAACCACGGCCAAGCUCAACAUUGAAGAUCGUGACAUUAAGUUUGUCAGGCCCCUGUACAGCGUGGAAGUGACAGAAACUGAAAUCGCCAAGUUUGAGACUGAGAUCUCUGCCGAUGAUGUCCAUGGUCACUGGAAACUCAAUGGAGAGGCCCUUCAUCAGUCGCCUGACUGUGAGAUUAAGGAGGAGGGUACAAGGCAUAUCCUUAUCCUGUACAACGUUCGCAAGGAUCAGGCCGGAGAAGUUGACUUCCAAGCUGCCAAUGCUAAAUCCAAUGCUCAGCUUAGAGUUAAAGCGCGGGUGAUCGGCCUGCUGCGGCCUCUCAAGGAUGUUACUGUUACUGCUGGGGAGACCGCCACUUUCGACUGUGAACUGUCAUAUGAAGGAAUUGCUGUGGAAUGGUUCUUAGGGGGUACAAAGUUGGAGCCAAGUGACAGAGUGGUCACCCGAGCAGAAGACAAAACUCACACACUGACUCUCAGAGAUGUCAAGAUUUCAGAAGAUGGAGAAAUUAAACUCACUGCAAAGGAUUUCCAGAUUGAGGCCAGACUACAUGUGAAUGAACCACCAGUUGAGUUCACCAAACCUCUGGAGGACCAGACAGUUGAGGAAGAGGCCACUGCUACAUUGGAGUGUGAAGUCUCCAGGGAAAACGCUGAGGUCAGUUGGUUCCAAGAUGGACAGGAGAUCCUCAAAACGAAGAAAUAUGACAUUGUUGCCGAUGGCCGCGUGAGAAAACUCAUCAUUCAUGGCUGCACUCUUGAUGAUUCAAAAACAUUUACCUGCGACGGCUCAGAAUUCAAAACCUCUUGCUUCCUUAACGUUGAACCUCCACAUGUUGAGUUCUCUAAGCCACUCCAUGAUGUUGAGGUCAAAGAAAAGGAAUCUGCCAGAUUUGAAUGCGAAGUAUCACGCGAAAAUGCCAAGGUCCGUUGGUUGAAGGACAGCAGUGAAAUCAGAAAGGGAAAGAAAUAUGAAAUAAUCGCCAAAGGUCGCCAACACAUCCUCAUCAUCCACAAAUCAGUGUUCGAUGAUGAAGCAGAAUAUGAAUGUGAUGCGAAGGUCUCCAAAUCCUCCGGCAUGCUUACAGUCAUCGAGGAAGAAGCUACGUUCACCAGGAACCUGUCUAAUGUGGAGGGAACAGAAGCAGACAGUGUGAAGAUGAUUUGUGAAGUGUCGAAGGCAGACGCUGAUGUCAUGUGGUAUAAGGAAGACCAGGAACUUCCCGAGGGAGGAAGAUACGAUCAGAUCGUAGACGGCAGGAAGAGGAUACUUAUCAUCCAGGAUCUCAAAACAGAUGAUGCUGGAGAGUACUAUUGCAAACUGUCCAGCUCAAAGACAACUGGAAACCUGAAAAUAAAUGAAUUGGCUGCUGAGUUUAUCGCCAUGCCUCAGAGUCAGGAGGUGGUUGAGGGAGAAAAGGCUGAGUUUGUCUGCUCAGUCUCUAAAGACACAUUCAUUGUCAAAUGGAUGAAGGGUGAUAAGGAGCUAGAAAAGGGGGACAAGUAUGACAUUGUCUGUGAUGGCAAGAGAAGAAUACUUGUUAUCAAGAACUCUGAACCCAAGGAUGAGGGAGCCUAUGUUGCCCUCAUUGGCACCACCAGAGCUACGGCUGACCUGUUUGUUCUUGAAAAACUCAGGAUCAAUACACCAAUCAAAGACACAGAAGCCAAAGAGGGACAAGAGAUCAUCUUCAACUGUGAAGUGAACACUGAGGGAGCUAAAGCUAAGUGGCUGAAGAACGAGGAGACCAUGUUUGAGAGCAGCAAGUUUGUCAUGAUCCAGAAAGACAACGUGUUCUCUCUGAGGAUCAAGGAUGCUGAUAAGUCAGAUGAAGGAAACUAUACUAUUACAUUGACAAACCAACGUGGUGAACAUGCCAAGAGCUCUGGCAAACUGACAGUAAAAGAGGAGAGUCUGAAGAUCAUUGUACCUCUUGAGGACUGCGACACACAGGAGAAGAAGACUGUUAGCUUUUCUUGCAAGGUCAACAGGCAGAAGGUUACUCUGAAAUGGACAAAGGCUGGUCAGGAGAUCACCUUCAGCAAACGCAUAAUCUACAGGUUGGACCAAUAUAAGCACACACUGACCAUCAAGGACUGUACUCUUGCUGAUGAAGGUGAAUACACCGCCAUGGCUGGUGAUGACAAGUCUACAGCUGAGCUGAUCAUUAGUGAAGCCCCCACUGACUUCUCCGCACAACUCAAAGACCAGACCAUCCCCGAGUUUGAGAAUGCUGAGUUCACCUGCAAACUCACCAAGGAGAAGGCUGAGGUGAAAUGGUACAGGAAUGGACGUGAGAUCAGAGAGGGACCCAGGUACGUCUUUGAAAAAGAGGGCAAGACCUGCAGGCUGCGUAUCAAGGAGUGCAGACCAGAUGAUGAGUGUGAAUAUUCCUGUGGCGUAGAUGAAAAGAGAUCACACGCCCAUCUCUUCGUUGAAGAGAGUGCAGUUGAGAUCGUCAGACCACCAAAGGAUGUGUUUGAGCCUCCAGGCUCAGAUGUUGUAUAUGAAGUUGAACUGAACAAAGACAGAGUUGAGGUAAAAUGGUUGAGGAACAACAUGACCAUCGUCCAGGGUGACAAGUACCAGAUGAUGAGCGAGGGCAAGGUCCACAGACUCCAGGUGUGUGAGAUCAGGCCUCGGGACCAAGGAGAGUACAGAAUCAUCGCCAAAGACAAGGAUGCCAGAGCCAAAUUGGAACUGGCUGCUAAGCCAAAUAUCAAGACUAUGGAUCAGAGCUUAGUAACAGAUGCUGGAAAGCCCAUCGUAAUGUCCGUGCCCUACAGCGCGUAUCCUAAAGCUGAAGCUGAGUGGUUCUAUGAUAACGUCAGCCUGCCCAAGGACAACAUCCACACUGUUGGAGACAGGACAGAGUACAGGCUGAAGGACCCUAAGAAGUCCGACCAAGGACGUUACAAUGUUGUCAUCAAGAACAAACAUGGACAGGGAGAGGCAUUCAUUAAUCUGGAUGUCAUUGAUGUCCCUGGACCUGUGAAGAGUCUUCAAGUGCUUGACACCGCCGAUGGUGAGGUCAGCCUGGCCUGGGAAGAGCCAGAGAGCGACGGUGGCAGCAAGAUCAUUACAUACGUGGUGGAGAGGCGUGACGUCAAGCGCAAGACAUGGACCCUUGCUACUGACCGCUCUGAUGCUCCAGAAUACACUGUGACCGGACUCCAGAGGGAAUCCAUGUACCUAUUCCGUGUUUCUGCUCGCAACAGAGUGGGCAGUGGACCAAAUAUUGAGACAGAGAAACCUGGUGUUUAUGCCAAGAACAAGUUUGAUGUUCCUGAUACUCCUCAGGAUGUGAGUGUUGGAAACGUGAGUAAGUUUGGAGCCACAGUCUCCUGGGAAAAACCAGUGUCUGAUGGAGGGGCUGAGAUCACCUCCUACAUAAUUGAGUCCCGUGACAGGACCUCUGUGAAGUGGGCCGUGGCUAUGAUCAGUAAAGCAACAGACCGCAGUGCAAUCAUCAACGACGUCAUUGAGAACAAGGAAUACAUCUUCCGUGUCAAGGCUGAAAACAAGGCUGGCAUUGGAAAGCCAAGCGCUGCCACCAAUCCAGUGAAGAUCAUGGACCCCAUUGAGAGGCCAAGCCCACCACAGAACCUAGUGCCCUCAGAACAGAAUAAGAACUCAGUCCAGCUGACAUGGGAGACCCCAUUGAAAAAUGGAGGCAGCAUGAUCACUGGCUACAUCAUUGAGAGAUGUGAGGACGAAACAAACCAUUGGCUCAGAUGCAACGCCAGGCUCUGCCAGGAUCUCACCUACAAGAUAUCUGGCCUGAAAUAUGGCAAGAAAUACAACUACAGAGUGAUGUCUGAGAAUGCAGCUGGAGUGUCUGACCCAUCCAACACACUGGGACCCAUGCUGGCUGAUGAUACACAUGGUACAUUUGGUUAA